UAUGCAAGAUACUUAUUCGAUGUCUGAAUUUAUUUUUAUUGUUUACAAAAAUUACAGCAAUAUCGAUCACCAAUUGCUUGAACCUGUCAGUUCCGAUGAUGAAUUUGAUUACGCUCCUGAUAGUAAUAUUGAAUGUAGCAGUAGUGAUGAUUCAAUAGAUGAAAUACAUUCAUUUGUCUGGACUGAAAGUGAAGAUAGCGAAGAUUAUUCCGAUAGGGAUGAAGGAUCUCCUAAAAAUACAGAAUUUGAAUGUACAGUCAAACAAAGUUUGAUCGAAUGGGCAGUAGGCUGCAACAUACCACGGUGCCACGUCACCAAUCUACUUAAUAGAUUACACAAUCAUGCAAAACUGACAUUUUUACCACUGGAUUCGAGAACUCUUCUCUCGUCAAAAAGAGGGAAAAUUCAAUUGCGGGAUAUGCGACCUGGAAAAUAUCAACAUUUUGAUAUUGUAGCUUCUCUUUUAAAACUCUUGGCUGCAAUGGAAUUUAGUGAAACAGAAAUUCCUGAUGUUUUAUACAUGCUGGCUAAUGUGGAUGGCAUCCCUUUGUCGAAAAGCUCCUCAAGUGAUUUUUGGCCAAUCAUCUGAAAAAUACAAGGAUGGGACGACAUUUUUGUCGGUGGUAUAUACCAUGGAUCAAAGAAACCCGCUUGCAUCAACGAGUUUCUAUCUGCUUUUCGAGACGAUGUAGUGAGAUUAAGAACUGAUGGCUUGCAAUAUCAAGGUAAAAAUAUCAAGGUGAUACUUAGCGGUAUAUCUUGCGAUGCGCCUGCUACUUCCUUUGUUUUGAAUAUUAAAACUCAUACAGCGUACUAUGCCUGUAGAAAAUGUACUACUAGAGGUCUAUGGGUGGGUAACACUAUAAAUCAUUAUAGUCAGGCAAAAACGGCAGGUCGGGUUACAUAUCCAGAAUUAAAUGCACCUCUCCGAACCGACAACUCUUUUAGAAAUCGCCUUCAGGCCAAGCAUCAUAACGAUGAUGGUCGGAGGUCGAUUAUAGAAGACAUCCUUGUUGAUGUUGUGGAAGAUGUAGUUUUAGAUUAUAUGCAUCUUGUGUGUAUUGGGGUGAGAAAAAAGGACUUAACGGAAUGGAUAUCGGGAAAGUUUGAUAGGCUCAGAUUUUCUAACGAAACGAUUACAAACAUAUCUUCUUACUUGAUUGGAAUUGGGGAGUAUAUUACUAAAAUUUUUGCGAGAAAACCUAGGCCCCUUUCCGAACUACCCCGGUGGAAAGCAACUGAGUUGAGAUUAGGUUUGUUGUAUAUUUGUCCUGUUGCCUAUGAACCAUACUUAAGUAAGGAGAGGUACUCUCAUAUGAUGUUGCUCCAUGUGGGAAUUAAGCUUUUAGUAAAUAGGGAUACAUGUAAGACUUACGCGGAUUAUGCGGAAAAUUUGUUAAAACUGUACGUUAAUAUUGGUGCUCGGUUGUAUGGCGACAAGUAUGUAACGUUUAACGUUCAUAAUUUGAUUCAUUUAGCAAAUGACGUGCGUAAGCAUGGAAGUCUCGACGACUUUAGUGCCUUUCCGUAUGAAAAUAAGCUGCAAAAAAUGAAAAACUUGUUAAGAAAAAGUGGAAAGCCACUGCAACAUAUUGUCCGGCGGCUGGACGAAAUAGACAAAGCUAAAAGCAAUCAAGAACAUGCUGCCAAUUCAAGUACAAAUAUAAGCAAAUAUAGACUGGAAGGUAUUCAUUUUUCGGGGCCGAUUUUACCACAGUUAUCUAUGGCCACGCAGUACAAAACCUUAAAGUUUAAAAAUGCCGUGCUAAACAAAACAAAAUCGGAAAACUGUGUAUUGCUUGUAGAUUCUAAUGACGUUUUUUUAAUGGAAAAUUUAGCAAAAUUUCACGAACAAAUCUUUUUGGUUGGAAGAAGAUUCCUGAAAACAGAAGACAUGUAUACCUACCCUUUAGCCUCUAGUUUGAUAAACGAAUAUGUUGUAUCAAAUUUGUCGACUAAUCUUGAAUCCUUUCCAAUAACAUCUGUUAAGUGCAAGGCAUUUCGAAUUCCCAUUACCAUUCCCAGUAAUGGAAAGUACUUCGUAUGUCCCCUUGCAAACCACAGUCUGUUUUAAUAAUGUAUAGUUGAAUUGCAAUAAACAAAUUCAAAAUUA